AUGCUUCAGAUCAGGCAACAACAGGCCAAGAAUUGUGCGCUCGCCAGGAUGGCGUUUGCUGGGACAAAUGUCAGUUUGUCCCAGCCGGAUAUAACGCAAAAACUGACGGAGCGCAUAGAUGAUCUGAAGCAGAGAAUCGCUGCUUGGGGAAAACGGAUUCGGCGAUAUACCGAGAGGUCGACACGGUUCAACCAGAAUCGUCUCUUCCAGAGUGAUCAGAAGAGGCUCUAUGAAUCAUUGGAGCGACCAAUGGUAAGUGGAACGGGUCCAGCACCGAAUCAGGCACCAGCACCGACACUGUAG